CGUACACUUACUGUUUACACAUUGUGUUUGUGUAGCAUGUGCUAGUUUCAAAGACAACGGGAUUGAAGAAGAAAUGGCAGAAUUUCAAGAAAGCCUUCACGAAAAGGAAUUAGAGGACGCAUUUGCGUUAUUCGACAAUGAUGGCGAUGGAACGAUCACAAUCAAAGAGCUAGGCGGAGUAAUGCGAUCCCUAGGACAAAACCCUACACAUGACGAACUGAAGGAAAUAAUGCUGGAGGCUGACGUCGAUGGUAACGGUUAUAUAGACAAAGAAGAAUUUAAGAUGAUAAUAGCUAAGAAAGUGUCCGAGGAAGACACUGAAGAAGACAUCAGAGAGGCAUUCCACGUGUUUGAUAAGGACGGAAACGGCUACAUCACUCGCAGGGACAUUAAGAUACUUCUCGCGAGACUUGGGGACGAGUUGCCAUCAGAAGAUAUAGACGACAUGAUUGCUGAGGCUGACAAUGACGGCAACGGUCAAGUUAGUAUAGAAGAAUUCGUGGAAAUUAUGCAGCGACCAUAGCAAAGUGUGAAAACGUCAACACUUCUCAUCUUAAUCCCUGGAAAGUUUUGACAAAGUGUUUAGGCUUCGUUUACAUUUGUACAACAAAAUACUCUGCAUCUUGAUUGAUACAAUUCUACAAUGAUAUACUUGUAUUUUCUAAGAUUAUGCUUUCAACUGCUUGAGAUUGGAAGACAAAAUAAACCUCUUUCCUAUAAAUACUCAUGUACAUGCAUGGACAGUACAUGAAGAGAAUAUGAAUAAUUAAUUGUCUGUACUUACUAGCGAUUUCACUUCUCCAUGUAAAGAUUUAGUCUUAGGUUAAACUUAAAAGAAAUACCAUUAGUGUUCAUUGGUAUAUAUCAUUUCUCAAAUUAAAUGUCUGUCCCUUUCGUAUUUAGGUUAAGUCAAUCUACUGUUGUUUAACCUUGAAACAGUAUUAUUAACCGAGGACGAAGCAUUAUUAUUCUGAUUAUACAAUUUAGAAUAUUACCAUAGCAGAGUUCAUAUUAGUAGUUAGAUAUACAAGUAGAAAUACGUUUUCAAUGUUGCAAUUUCUGACAACCAGAUGAUAGUGGAUUAGCCAAUAGAAAUAACGAUACAUCAAAGCAUAAUAUAUAUUAUGAUAUGUAUACUUAUUUUCAUGGUUUUAGACAGAAAACUAAGAAACCAUUCUGUGGUAUUAUUAAUAUAAAAAUAAGUGAUGCGAUCCAAUAUGUUAAUAAUACUACUGAACUGCCGAAAUGUGUUAUGUUGUUACAGUACAAACCAUCCUCGAAACUCCGGGGGUUACGCUCACUUUCGCUCUCUGCACCCCUGGAAUAUGUCAUAACAAAAUUGAAGGCUCAGUGUGGGCCACCUUGUUGAAUUUCGCUUUCACGUCACGGUGAAAAUUGACAGGCUUUGAAGUCGGGUGUCGCUCCUUCAUAAUCCGCAAACGACAGGUAUCAGUCUAGCGAUUGGU